UUAUAUUCUGUGUGAAUAAUUUAUGUCAGAAUGGAGCCAGCUGUGUUGGUAAUGAAGACACCAUGUCAUAUGAAUGUGUCUGUCCUGUUGGUUAUGAUGGUUUCUACUGUAACCAAGUCGUUACUUUCACAAGUGCACGAUUCAAUGGUAAAGGAUAUUUAUAUUAUGAAUUGAUGGAUUACAAUGACUUGGAUAAAACAAUAACCACAUUGUCAUUUAAUAUAAGUACAAUUGAUAACAAUGGAAUGAUAUUGUGGAUGGGACAACCAAAUAUUGAUGACAAUACAGAUUAUUUAGGAAUUGGAAUUGUAGAUGGUAGAGUUAAGCUAAGUUUUCGUCUUGGUUGGUUAUCAUAUGGAACUCUAUAUUCAGACAUGCCAGUGGUUAAUGGACAAUGGCAUUCUAUCAUUGUUAACAGAGUUGAGACUUCCAUCUCGCUGUAUGUGGAUGGUUCACCAACUCCUGUGUAUGACAUCGGAGGGGAAUUUCAUGAACUCAAUACUGAUGGUAUUUAUUAUAUUGGUGGAUUCAGUUACAACUCUGAUGUUGGUCAGCUGACUCAGCAAUUGUUCCUAUCUCCAUUCCAAGGCUGUAUCAGAGACAUUCAGGUGCCAGCUAGUUAUGAUGAGUUGAACAUGAUGGAACCACACAGUGGUGCUAAUGUACAAAGUUGUGAUAACAAUUAAGAGAUUUUGUCUCGUUUGUAAAAAUAGUUAAUAGUGUAUUUUAUGUACUAUAGGAAAUUCUAUCUAAACUGUUAAAAUGUAAUAAGAAUAUGUGAUGAUGCGCUC